AUGAGGGUGGUUUUCGUGGUUUGCUUGUGCCUCCUUUGGGUUUGUGGAGCAGAGAACGCAACACAUCAUUCUGCAGAAGAACCAUUUUCACAGGUUGGGCCUGCUGUGCCAGUUGAGCAGGAUGCUUACCUCAUAGAAGAAUGCGUAAACAACAAAUACACACACAAGUCCUGUGCGAAAGUUUUUUGUCACCCAUGGGAACGAUGUGUGGACGGAAAAUGCCUCUGUAAGCUUCCCUACCAGUGCCCAAAAAAUGGCACUUCAGUUUGUUCCACCAAUGGAAAGCAAUUCAGCACGUACUGUCACCUAAAGAGCUACGAGUGCCAACGUCCCGAAGCUAAGUUUCUGAACAAGGGAAACUGCAUGUCUACAGAAACAUUUAAAAUCUCGGAGUAUAAGAAUUCAAGUUUGCUUCAAGUAAAACCUGUGAAUAUGGAGAACCUUUUUGUAUGUGGCAGUAAGUGGACUAUGAAUGAAGCAAAUGUGGCAUGCAGGCACCUUGGCUUUGAAUUAGGUGCUGAAUAUUACCAUACUGUCUUCAACAUCACAGAACACACCUUAAAUUUGUCACACUGUUUCCGAAUAACUUGCAAGGGCCUAGAGACAAGUCUUGCCGAAUGUUUUAUAAAGAGGAAACUGAGGAAUACUGGUGAUGGAUUUGUUAGACUCCAGUGCCAGAAAAUUCUCCGAGAAUGUUCAGCUGAUGAGUUUACUUGUGCAAAUGCCAAGUGCAUUUCUUUGAACAAAACCUGUGAUGGAAUCAAUGACUGUGGAGACCUAAGUGAUGAACUGUGCUGUAAAGAAUGCAGAAACAACAGUUUCCACUGUCGGUCAAAUAUCUGUAUUCCAAAUAGGAAUGUCUGUAACCAAGAAGUUGACUGCCUCACAGGAGAGGAUGAAGCUCAAGCUUUCUGCUCAGGCAAAACAAAGCGUGUUGAAUAUUACAGUAUGGAUGCAGAAAGAAAACUGACAAAGACAUUUCUUCCCCAAAUAAACUGUGGUGUUGUUAAUCACACGUUAACUCGACGGAAAAGAAUCGUAGGUGGAGAAAUUGCAAGCAAGGGUGAAUUCCCUUGGCAAGUGGCAAUUAAAGAAACUGGCACUGAAGGUGCAACAGUGUACUGUGGAGGGGUUUAUAUUGGUGGCUGUUGGGUUCUGACUGCUGCACACUGUGUCAGAGCAACUCGAGUUCACCUGUACCGUGUCUGGAUUGGACUGUUGGAUACAAUACGGUACGACAGAGAGACAGACACCUACAGGCUAAAGCAACUGAUAAUCCAUGAGAAUUAUAAUGCUGCAACAUAUGAAAAUGACAUUGCUCUGAUGGAGCUGAAAGGUCAUGGGAAAGGAGAAUGCUCUCUGAAAUACAGCACACCUGCCUGCAUUCCCUGGUCAGAGUAUAUGUUCAACACCGGUGAUAAAUGCAAGGUUUCUGGAUGGGGACUUGAGAAAGGUUAUACCAAACAGUAUGUGCUCAAGUGGGGCAAUGUUAAUUUAUUUCAGAAUUGUUCUGAAUUGUAUCCAGGACGAUUUUUUAAGAAAAUGGCAUGUGCAGGUACUUAUGAUGGCUCGAUAGACAGUUGCAAAGGGGAUUCAGGAGGACCCUUGGUCUGUUUUGAUGCAGAAAACGUGGCAUAUGUCUGGGGUGUUGUGAGCUGGGGUGAAAACUGCGGGGAGGCUGGUCACCCCGGAGUCUACACAAAAAUUGCCAGCUAUUAUGAUUGGAUUAGCCAUCACGUGACAAGGAGUCUCAUUUCACGGUAUAAUAUCUGAAGCUCAGGAAACACAAUACUUCCAUGUUAUCAUCCAUGCAAUAAUGAACACUAGUCCUUUUUUACAAUCAGCAGCCAUGUACCUUAGCAACUAUGAGUACAAAUCUUGAAAUAAUGUAUUUUAAAAAUGCUUAAUUCUCUGUGAAUACCACAAUUUUGCAGAAGCCUGUAGAAAAAUAAUUCUAUGGUGACAUGCCUUCACAGCAAAAUUCUCUAAUAAAAGCAUGCUUACUGCAGGGAACUUGAA